UCAAAAACAAAUACCUGCUGCUGGAGCUCGCGCUUCGGUUUACAAAAGAAAAGAAAAGAGAAGAAAAGAGAAGAAAAAGCGACGGAAACACCGUGUGCGUGUGAGCUUUCUCACCGGAAAGAUGGCUGGUGAAGCGAGGACAAUCCGAGUGAGAGGUCUGCCUGUGGGCUGGUCUGAAAAUCGGCUCAUAGACAAAAUUCAGAUCCAUUUCCUGCGCAAAAAGAAUGGCGGAGGUGAUAUCAGCUCGGUCACUGUUUCCAAAACGAUGCCUGGUACAGCCUUCAUCACGUUUGAGGAGAGCGAGGUUGCCUCGAGACUCGCUCAGAGAGGAAAGCAGGUUUUUAAAAUCAAUGACAAAAUCUAUGACAUCACCAUCAGUCUUCAUCAUGAAGAAGCAGAUGUGGAUAAAGUCCUGCUGCGUAUGUCGGUGUUGGUGGACCACAAGAAGCUCCCGGAAGGAAAAAAGACCCUUUUGUCUUUACAUGAAAGUUUUCCAGGAGUCUGUUUGACUUUUGAUGACCAGAAAGACCUCUAUACUCUGACAGGGCGCUACAGUGAGGUUCAGUCACUCAGCAGCCUGGUGCUGGGAUCGCUGGAGAAACAGGACCAGAGCUCAGGUGAUAAACCGCAACCAAAGACAGAAAGCAAAAAGACGUAUAACUCACCCCUGGAGGAGUCGGCCAACAGCCACGUGAAGAGUGCAAAUGAAGACAUUGGGGUUGUAAAACACACCGUGCUGAGUGAAGAUUUGAAUCUAAACCUGGAGAGUAAAAGCUUGAAAGCAGGUUUACCUCUGCCAAGUAGUUACAGCAAUCGUGCAUCACAUGCAGAUUUAACAAAAGACAAAUGGGACUUGGUGCCAGAUAUUGGAACUUCGCUUGAAGACUUUUCCCUGACUGUGGAUUCAGACAUCUUCCGUUAUAUCCACACAUACUGCUCCAAGGAAUACCAAAGCAUCCUCAAGCAGAAUCAUGUAGAGGUUCUAGAUGUGAACUGUGACGACAUCACAACUUUGUAUCUCAAACCAAAAACAGACCUGUCUAGGCAUGGCAUAAGUUAUGUUAAGAAGGCCCAUCAAGGUCUGGCACAUCUGUACCAGCAGGAAGAGUCGCAGUUACGCAAGGAGCAUGUUUAUAAGCGUGGAAUUCCAGAAAAGGAACUCACAUAUGCUCUGGAGUGCCUUAGGAAGAGGCUGCCGAGGCUGAUGAUCAAUGAAGAAGACAGGAAUGUGUAUAUGGUUGGAAGUAAAAGUGAUGUAUGUGAAGCCAAGCAGUUUAUUUGUUCAAUGCAAGGGUUUGGGAUAGAGAAAGAAAUCCACUCAGAUCUUCUGUUUGUCCCCUCUCAAUCCAAGAAACAAGGAAGUUCAGCAUCAUCAGAGCCAUCGGGCAUCUUUCCACAAUCGUGUCAGGAUUCUCAUGACAUAUUCAUGCCAAAGAAGGUCUUCCAAGAUACAAACCAAAGAGGGAUUCCUAGUGAGAUUUCUAGCAAGAAAAGACACAGUUCUGUGGAAUCAAAAAAAUUCGACGACCAUUCACACACUGGACAAUUUACCUUCCCAAUUCAAAGAAUAGAGAAGUCAACAGAAUACCCAUUUGAUUUCAGAAGAACUGAAGGUUCACAAGACAGACAUGUUUCAAGUGAUCUAAAAUGGAUGGAGCCUGGUAGUUGGCCUGACAGAUAUAAAGACACAGAUUCUCUUUUUGAAUCUUCUAAGCCUUCUGCUCCAUACUCCACCUUGGAUAUAAAUGAAAAAUUAUUUGAUAAGGCAGACUUCAGUUCAGAGACAACUGAACUCCAAAGCCAUUCGGACACAAAUAUAGUUGACUCAGAGAAACAAAUCAAGUCAAGUAAAGGGUACAAGACUAAACAAACAGAGUCUGGGAAGGAACGAAAAAUGGCUGCCAAUUUUAGUAAAGAGAUGUGCAGUGGCAAUAUGGAUUUAAUGUCUUACAACUUGGAAGCUCCCAAAUUGGUUGGAGAUGCAUAUGUACAGGAGAGAAAGUUUAUUGAUAGUGGACAGCAACACUCUCUUCCCCUUAUCACACCAUCAAUGAAUACUCAUCUGGAUCUAAACACCUUACGUAGUAUGAGUGCAAAAACCAGCACUAGCAAAACAGAGAUCCAGGUAAAAGGUGACAUGUCAAAACUUGGUCAUUUUCCAUAUGACAAGAAACCUACAAUGACUCCAGCUUGUUUGAGUGGAGGCCAAGAUGACAGCACCACCAUGCCUUCAGGAUCAACCCUGAGAAGGUCCAGUAGCCUCAGUGACAGGAUGAACAAAGGUGAGGAAACAGUGCCAAUGUCUGUAGAUCUGUCUGCUGGACAAAAGGGAACAAGCCAAAAUUCUCUGACAAGGGAAAUCAUCACUAUGGAGUUAGUUUUGCCUUUUAGACUGUGGCUCUAUCUUAUGUCAGUUUAUAAUACCGAAAUUGAUAAUUUGACAUCUGACCUACAAGUUAAAGAUAAAUUAGUUGGUGACAACAUCACAUUAUGUCUAAGAGGUGUAGACUCUGGAAAGGUGAGUGAAUGUCACCGUGCUUUGAAUAGUCUCAUUACUAAAGCUGAAAUGGACUUUGAAACAAGAACAGUACCACUGUCCAAGCUCGGAGUGUCAGACAGCAAGGAUAAGACCUUGCUAGAGUUGUGUACAUCAGUGAAGCAGCACUGUAAGAUGGUUAAAAUCUUAGUAAUGUCCAAUGACAUGGUGAUCCUAGGUCCUAAACCAUCAUGUGAUAAGGUAGAGGCCAUGAUGAUAAACAUCUUCCAUAAAGGGGGAGAUAUUGCAAAUUCAAAGCAGGAGAAUAAGAAGCAUCCCAACCCAUAUGGUAUACAUUCCAGCAAAGCACCUGACAGUGAUUUAAAAUUAUUUGGCAACCAGUCUACAGCCUCAGCAAAACCACAUACCGAUAUCAUUAUGAAAGAUCUAGCCAAAAGGUCUGACCAAAGUGUUGCAAGUUCCUCAGAGAUGAUUCCUCAGGUCUUAACUAACCAAGAACAAGAUGAUGAAAGCGGAAGCCAAAACAGGAUGAAAGAAGAAUUGGAGCAAUUGAAUAAGAAAGGUCCUACCUUGAUGCAAGGCGACAGUGGGACCAUGAACAAUGAGAAUGGAGAAACCUCAUCUGGGAGCGUCAUUAACUCCACCACAAAAGACAAAGCAGAUGGUGAGAAUAACAGCAACCAUACAAGCACUACUGCUCAGAGCAAGGAAGCAUUUAUUAAACAAAUGAACCCAGGUAUUUCAGUGGACCAAAUCAGGGAUUCUCAAGGGUCACCUGAAGUUUCAGAACCCAAAAAUGAAAUACUGCCCAGCAGAAAUCAGAACCUCCUUUUAUGCUAUGUGUGCAAAAAAGAAUCCAGCACUGUUAGACAAACAGCAUGUGACUAUAACUUUUGCCCCAAGUGUGAAAAAGAAGCUCAUAACAACUGCAGAAUCUGUGCUACAGCUGGUAUCAAAGGCACGAUGUCUGUUCAAGAAUCAACAAUAACAAUUCCCGGAUUUAACAGGGACACAGCUCUGAAGAUUAUCUAUGAUAUACCCGAUGGUAUUCAAGGGGAUGAUCAUCCUUGCCCAGGGGCACCUUUUAAAGGGAACAGAUUUGAAGCCUUUUUGCCACACAACAAGCACACUAAAAAGCUUCUGCCUCUUCUGAAGAAAGCUUUUCAUGAAGGACUCACUUUCACUGUGAAAGUAGGGUCUUCAGAUGAUGAUGAUGGAAGCAUAGAAGGAAGAGUGGUUUGGGGCAGCAUUCCUCAUAAAACCAGAACAGAAGGGGGUGCAUCUAAGAAUGGGUAUCCUGACUUUGGCUACAUCAAACGCUUGGAUGAAGCACUGGAGAUAGCAGGAGUCAAAGAAUAAAUGCUCUUUCCAUGACAA